CAGCAGCAGCUGGAAACAAGUUGCCAAUCUUGUUCGAGCCAUAUGAUGUGAGGUCGAGGAGACGAAGACUGGAAUUUUUGAUCUGGAGGUUAUGUUCAUUCGUUUACGAGGAUUUUAUACGAUGACUGUUUUUUCAAAUAAGGUAGAUAACAUUUUAGUUUGCAUUAGAGGAAACUCAAUGAUUGUCCAUUAGUUUAUAUCGAAAUGAGAUUCAAACCUGAACUGUAAAUAAAAAAUAAUACAAGAUGAAUGGAAUAACAGGGCAGUUCAGAAAAACAACAUGGGACCCAAUGCUUAUAGUAUCCCAAAUAAUAGCAGUGCAAUCUGUCAUGUACUUUGCUUUGGGUAUGUGGAUAAUGAUAAUCGCUGAAUUUUUGGGAACCACCAAAUCCUUGGAUUAUGCAUUCCAAUACAAGGAAAUCCAUGUGCGUGAUUUUGGUGGCUACUUAGUCAUAACAAUUUUUAUAAUGAAUUCUGUAAUCGGUGCCAUGGCAUUGUGGUAUCUAGUGCAAAGGACAAAGCAAUGCAUGGAUUUUGCGUGCACUGCUCAUUUGAUACAUCUUAUUUGUUGUUGGUUUUAUAAUGGAAGUUUUCCCACAACCUUUAGCUGGUGGUGUCUGAAUAUUGUGACUACGAGUAUCAUGUGCGUGUGUGGUGAAUUUCUCUGUAUGAAGACUGAGCUCAAAGCGAUUCCUCUUGGUAUGAAUAGCCAAAAAACAGCCUUGUAAAUGUUUAUAGACGAAUGCUGCCUCUUUCCCGAAGAAUCAUUUAACCCUACUUCAGAUAUUUAUGAGAUGAUAAAUUUUCUAUAAUUGUUUUCCAAACCAAUGUAUGAUAGUAUAAAUUAUGUGUAGUUUAUAAAUAAUUUAAUCUUUUGUAAUAAAAGUAAUAUUCUUCUA